AUGAGGCAAAGCGCGCAGGACAGUGAGACUCAUCGCGAAGACGACGAUGAAAUGAAUGACGAUGCAGUGCCCAUGACCGUGACAUUCAGCACGCCGCGCAGAAAGCAGCAGAAAUCUAAUGGAAGCUUCAAAUUUAGCGUCACGCCCGAGCCUUCACGAAAUCGUCUUUCGACGUAUAAAGGCCGCAAUGUGGCUGCAGAACUUGAGGAAUCACCUGCACGAUACUCACCUGGCAAGGUGAAGAAGGCUGUGCGUUCAUUUGCCCAAUUUUUGCACUUUUUGAAACAGGACGAGCACCACCAAGAGCAUGAGCUCAUGCCACUCAUUAUACAGCGGUUUGCCGAGCUAGGAGCAGUAAUUGAGUCUCAAAAGAGGCAUAUUGAUCGCUGGAAAGGUAAAGAAUUGGACUUGGCCAUUGAGGAGGCGCAACAGAACAUGGAACUAGUGCAAGCUCUUGGAGAGCAAAUUCAAACGCAAGAGCUGCAAAUAGCAGAUCUCACGGUAAAGGGACAGCAAUGGGAAGAGAAGUACCAACUUGCAGCUCAGGAGAUUGAGAUACUGAAGAAACAAGGCACGUUUCAGAUUCAACAGCUUCAACGAGAAGUGACGAUGCUACGACAGGCUGGGGUACAGGUAGAGAAGAAGCUUAAGGACCGAGAGGUUUUAGAUAAAACCACCAAUGACACGCUGCUUUCGCAACUAGAGCAGUUUAAGCGGGAUAGUGGGAUUGUGAAACAAGAGAAUACGAGGCUGAAGCAGCAACUUUUGAAUCAAUCAAACGAAAUGCAUGCUUUUGAGCAACAGACCCGUGAGCUACAAGAUCAGUAUGAGGCACAGAUAACGAAAACAAUUAAGUUGGAGCAGGAUGCGAAAGCGUGGCAGGUGAGGUAUCAAGAGGAAAAUUACCGAGUGGACGAAUUAAAUAAGGAAGUUAAUCGUAGCAAAGAUGAUUUGAGACAGCGCGAGAUUGAUUGGAAGCAAUUGGUUGAACAAAACCGUAAAUUACAAGAACAUGUGGACCGAAUGGCGCAGGAGCAUGAGAAGCAGCUCGCAGAUCAGCACAAACACCGCAGUGAGGUUGAAACGGAGCGACAGCGACUCACGAAGGCUUUGGAACAAGAAUCUUUGCGAUUUAAAAAAUUAAGUCAGGAGGCUAAUCAAACACGUGCACAAAUCGAAGCGCAGGCUAUGGCUGCGAUGAAAGAACGGGAGCGUCAACUAUUAGAUGAAAAAGCUCGGGUGGAAGACGAACUACAACAUCAAUUCCACAAGAUAAAUGAGGAGAAUAUUGAGCUUCGGGCUACUGUUGAAAAUCUGAAGGAUAUGAAUAGACGCAAGAGCACCGAGAUUGGAAGGCUGAUGACAAGCGCGCAAGAGGUUGAGAAGCAAAAUCAGUCACGGAUCAUGGAGGCGCAAAAAAUGCAGCAGCUCGCAGAAGAAGCAGCGCGUGCAAAGCAUCAACUGGAGAUUCUAUCUAAAGAACUGGCUGCGAAAAAUGCGGCACAGGAAGAAGCAAUGAAGGUGCAAAGUGCUGAAUUUGAGAAUCAAUACAAUGACUUUGUCUCUCAAGUGGAGAAUCAGUUUAACGAAAUGACGCACGAAAAUGGGGAAUUGCGGGCAAGACUUGAAGAAACAGUAAAAACAACGGAGCUUUUGAAGAGUCAGUCAGUGGUCGAAAAGGAAGAGCUAAGCAGGUGUCAGACAGAGUGCACGAAACUUCAACGCCGUUUAGAAGAUGGUUCUCGUGAAUAUGGAUCUUUGAAGCAAGAGUUGGAAAAUCAUGUACAAGAGCUUGAGUUACGAAAUACCCAGAAUGCUCAUCUUAGUGCGCAAAUUGCGCAUCUUAUGUCUUCCGAUAAUGAGCGUAAGAACGAAAUGGACCUGUUACAAGCUGAGCGUCUGCGCUUGGAAGAACGCAAUCAGGAUUCACAAAGAUUAGUCGAAGAGACAAGAGCCCAAGCUGAAGCACUAAUGGAAGAAGCUCACCGUGUUCAUGAUCACUCGAUUGAGCAGCAGGCUACUCAUGACAACACGGUUCGUUUAUUGCACGAAGAAAUUGAAGCGAUAAAUCGCAACUUGAUGACGCUAUUGUCGGAAAAAGAAACUUUGGAAGCUCAGAUAACGACAGAUCGGACUGAAAUAGAUCAGUGGAAGACGUCUGUGCAGCAACUUGAGCAUGACAAGCGACAACUGAAGUAUCAAAUGGAAGAAUUGAUGCGGCAGGCUACUGAGAAAAUUGAGAGUCAGAAACAAUCAGCGGCGAUGGUGACAAAGGACGGCCAAAGUCAGCUGCAAAAACUGACAUCUCAGCUCUUGCAAUGUAAUACACAGAUAAUUGAUGGACAACAACAAUUACGAAACAUGCAGGAAUUAGUGCGAUCACAUGAAGAGAAAAUUCUCAGCCAGCAAUAUGAAGUGGAAAGUUUGCAAUUGAAGAAUGAACAAUUGUCGAAUGAAUAUAAUUCCUUAGUUGGAGAGAAACGCGAGUUUGAACGCAAACUGCGGCAGCACGGCAUGAUUAUCCUACGUGAGGGUCAAUUUAGUAUGGAAGAUGACAUUUGUCAGAUAUUAGAUAGAUUGGUACGCGAGAUGGACCGACGGAUCAAAGAAGAAGAGGACAAAGCUGUGCAGCUACAGGUGGAGAUGGACUCUAAGGUCGACACACAAGUGCGACAAAUGGAUGAGGAAAGAGUCAAGCUGAGUGAGGAAAAUGCUCGGCUUCAACAAGAUCUUGGAUGCUUUGCAGCCGAAUUAGAGAAAUUGGACUCGGAGCUUCUGCAGCUACAACAGGAACGAGAGGAAAGGGAGGAGUCUUUGAAUCAGAUGCAGCAAACAAUUGCCGCUUACGAGGAGGACAGACACACUCAAAGUGACGCAAUAGAUGCUUCUAAGCGUCUCGACGCAUCUUACAAAGAGUUGUCGGCUAUGUACGAACAAUAUAAGCAGAACAUGACGAUUCAACUUGAAGAAAAGGAUAGACUAGUGAUAGAGAUGCAGGAUGAUAUGGCUGAGCUGCAAACGAAACUUGAACAAGAGAAAGAAAUGACUCGUCAUCUGAUGGAAAGCUCUCAAAAGGAGAAGCACGAACAUUCCAAGGAACUUUUUGAGGCUAAAGAAAGACAGCGAAACCAAGUGCAAGAGCUUGAGGCGUCAGUCAAGGAUCUUCAAAACAAGCUAAGCGAGAGAAAGCAGUCUGAUGCCAGCAAAAAGCUACUUCAAGCACAUGUGAAGGAGCUUGAGACAUCAGUGAAGCGGCUUCAGCACGAGCUUGCAGUCAGCCAGCAAGCAACAAAUGCAAGGGACCAGAGUGCCAUGCACGAGAGCUUGCAAAAAGAACGUGAGUACCGAGCUUUGCAAGCUCAACACGACACUGUAAUGACUGAAAGCGCCGAAAUUCGCAAAAACAUGAAAGCAAAACUGGAAGAAAUUGAUCGCCUGUACGAGGAAAAUAAGCGAUUGCACGAGGUAAUUAAGGAAAACACAGUGGAGAUAGAUAGCGCUCGUAGCCAGCUCCAUUUAUUCGAACAGCUCACACGAAAGCUUGAAAAACUACAAGACGACCUUGCUGCACGCGAAGAUGAGAGGCGUCAGCACUAUGACGAGAUGAGUGCAAAAGAAAAAGAAUUGCAACAUUCCUGUGAUACUGCAGGCAGACUCAAACGCUAUUAUGAAGACGCAAUGCAUGAAAAGGAUGACGAGACUGUAUUGCUGAAGAAACAGAAUGCAGUUCUUCGAGAGCAAUUGAAAAAAGUUGAACAGACUAAAGCUUCUACAAAUGAAGCUCAUACUGCUGCACAAGAAGAAGCGAAGAAAGAAUUAAAGCAAGCCUGUGAUCAAUCAGCACAGCGAGAGCAGGAGCUUUUAUCACAAAUUGCUCAACUCGAAGCUUCCAGAAUGUCUUUGCUUCACCAAUUUCGUUAUGAAAUGAUGAAAUUAAACGUUGAAAUCGGAGAGGCCGAUGCUGAUCAAAUUGACGAUAAGGCUUUCCAUCGUGGUAUUUUGGAAGUGUCUGUUCUUCUCCGUAGCUUCCAAGAACGUGAGUCUCGUCAGAUUGCGCUGGUAAAACAGAAAGAAAAGCUGAUCAACGAGCUCAAUAUGCGGUUGGAGGGAGUAGAACACUCUAGUCGGAUUUGUGAAUGCAAAUUGAGCAAGCGAGACAAUUCGAGGGAAAGGAAAAACAUGUUUUUCCAGCAGGUUGAAGACAUUAGUAACAAAAUGUCGAAACUGAAGGUGGAAAAUCAAAAGCUGCGUGAUCAUUGCACAACUUUGAAUAACAAGGACAAACGUGAAAGCAACUUUGAAUGGAAAGAAAGAUGUGCGAAGUUACAAAAGCACGUUCGCGACUUGAAUACGAAACUGAAAGAGAACUAUGUCUCGAAAAAUGACAUUGUAGCCCUUGAGAAGGAAGUGGAGAAUCUAACGAAUCAAAUGGUUGAGAAAGAUAUGCAGCUUCAGAGUCUUCGUGAGACUCAAAGGAUGAAGAAUCGAGGUGAGCCUCGUCGUCCGAGAGACUUGCUUGAGGAAAAGGUGAUGGCCCUUAAUGACCAUUUGACAGGGCUCAUGACGGAAAAUAUGCAGCUUCAGCAUAGCAUCGAGCAGUACGCUGUCCAGUAUGGACCUCUAGAUACUACAAAGAUGACUGGGGUGAUUGGAAAUUCUGGUAUUCAAAUUCCUGCCUGA